AUGACUUCUAUCCAAAUUGCUUCAUUUUCAGUGUCUCCUGUGGCUAAUUUUAUAAUGUCGACUCCAUAUCUUGACGACAGACAUAUUGCAGCUCUCGAAAAACUUGUCUCUGACAAUGAUGAUGUGGAGGAGGCCGCCCCACCCAGAGUUGUUCCGAUGUAUGUGCAAGAAACACCUUGCUCACCACACGAACAUCCAUUGGAAUUCACUUACGUCUACUCGUUCUUCCUUCGACCACCCGGAAAAUUUGACCCAAUUGAGUACGCCCAAAACGUUCAACAAAUUGCAGCGGUUCGUUCCGUGGAGCAAUUUUGGAGUGUCUACCGGCACAUUAAACGGCCUUGCGAUAUUGGCGAAAAGGUAGAUGUCCAUUUCUUCAAAAAGGGUAUCAAGCCAGUGUGGGAAGAUGAGGCUAAUAUCAAGGGAGGCAAAUGGAUUCUCCGCUUGAAAAAGGGUCUAUCUUCUCGCAUAUGGGAAAACUUACUGCUUGCUAUGGCUGGCGAACAGUUCCUUGUUGGUGAUGAAAUUUGCGGAGCAGUGUGCUCUGUUCGCAACCAGGAAGAUAUAGUGUCGUUGUGGAACAGGUAA